AGUCCCGCGGGCCGAGAGAAAGGAGCCGCUCCGGCUGGGGGUCAGGUCUCCAGCCCAGGGUGUCUCGUUCGUUGCCUAAACCCACUCGGCUUUCCUUUCCGAGGAGCCUUUCCCGCGGAGGCGGGGCGAUGCCUGGGGACCGGCCGCCUAGGGUCCGCUCCGGGAAUCAGCCUCGUCCCGCGCCCGCCAUGGAGCCGGCGGGUCGCGGGGCCUGGGCCCACAGCCGCGCCGCGCUUGACCGGCUGGAGAAGCUGCUGCGCUGCUCGCGUUGCACCAAUAUUCUGAAGGCACCUGUGUGCUUAGGAGGAUGUGAGCACAUCUUCUGUAGCAAUUGUGUAAGUGACUGCAUUGGAACAGAAUGUCCAGUGUGUAAUACCCCAGCCUGGAUACAAGAUGUGAAGAUAAAUAGACAAUUGGACAGCAUGAUCCAACUUUGUAGUAAGCUUCGAAAUUUGCUCCAUGACAAUAAGCUUUCAAAAGACUCAAAAGAAGAUACGUCUAGGAAAAGUUUAUUUAAUGAUGCAGAAAAUAAGAAGAAUUCAAUAAAAAUGUGGUUUAGUCCUCGAAGUAAGAAGGUCAGAUAUGUUGUGAGUAAAGUUCCUGUGCAAACUCAUCCUCAAAUGAUGAAUGAUGAAAAUGCUCAGCAGGCCUCAGUGUAUGAAUUUGUUUCCACAAGUCCUCCAGCAGAUUCUUCUGAAAGAGUUCAAAAGGCUUCUACAAGAUCUAGGAAAAAGCAGAAAAAGAAAACUUUAGCUGAGAUCAACCAAGAAUGGGAUUUAGAGAAGGAAAAAGAAGAUAGUGAACAUGACUCCAAAGGGGAAUUUAAGGAAAAGCUGGUAUCCUUCUGUAGCCAGCCAUCUGUUAUUGCUAGCCCUGAGGUAAAUAGUGAAAUAGACUUACUAGCAAGUGACUCUGUAACGGAAUCUGAAUGUUUUGGAAGCUUAAAUGAAGUUUGCUUACCACUGGCUGAACAAAUAGUGUCUCCAGAAAUUGAGAACAAGAAUGAGGUAGUGAUUCCUGAGGAGAAUAUCUUUGAAAAUUCUCCUUCAUCUAAAAAAUCCUUGCCAUUAGGUCAUGCUGGAAAACGUGAGAGUCGCAAAAGACUCAGCAGUCCCAUUUCUAAGAGAUGUAGAAGCAGCAUUCUGAGCACCAGUGGAGAUUUUGUCAAGCAAACGAUGCCCUCAGAAAAUGUACCAUUGACUGAAUGUUCUUCCCCACCUUCAAGCAAACUUGAACUUGGUGACACAUUAAGGAGAAAAAAUAGUAAUAUAUCAGAUGAAUCCAUUAGCCUUUUGCCAGGUUCACCACCUUCUGCAUUGAAUAGUCCAAGUUACAGACGAAUGAUGUCAAGCCCCUCAGCAAUGAAGAUGUUGCCCAAUAGCCUUAUGUCUGGGAAAAGAAAUCAUAGAGGAGAAACUUUGCUCCAUCUUGCUUCUAUUAAGGGUGACAUACCUUCUGUCGAGUAUCUUUUACAAAAUGGAAGUGACCCAAACGUUAAAGACCACGCUGGAUGGACACCAUUGCAUGAAGCCUGCAAUCAUGGGCACCUGAAAGUAGUGAAAUUAUUGUUGAAGCACAAGGCAUUGGUGAACACCACCGGGUAUCAGAACGACUCGCCGCUUCAUGAUGCAGCCAAGAAUGGACAUGUGGACAUAGUCAGACUGUUACUUUCUUAUGGAGCCUCCAGGAACGCCGUUAACAUAUUUGGUCUGCGGCCUGUGGAUUAUACAGACAGUGAAAAUAUGAAAUCACUAUUGCUGCUACCAGAGAAUGAAUCCUUAUCAACUAGCCAUUGCUCAGUAAUGAACACUGGUCAGCAUAGGGAUGGGCCUAUUGUACUUAUAGGCAGUGGGCUUUCUUCAGAACAACAGAAAAUGCUCAGUGAGCUGGCAGCAAUCCUUAAGGCUAAAAAAUGUGCUGAGUUUGACAGUACAGUAACUCAUGUCAUUGUUCCUGGUGAUACAGUCCAAAGUACCCUGAAAUGUAUGCUUGGGAUUCUCAAUGGAUGCUGGAUCCUAAAAUUUGAAUGGGUGAAAGCAUGUCUACAAAGAAAAGUAUGUGAACAGGAGGAAAAGUAUGAAGUUCCCGAAGGUCCACAGAGAAGCAGACUGAACAGAGAACAGCUGUUGCCAAAGCUGUUUGAUGGAUGCUACUUCUAUUUUGGGGGAACCUUCAAACACCAUCCAAAGAACAACCUCAUUAAGCUUGUCACUGCAGCUGGGGGACAGAUCCUCAGUAGAAAGCCAAAGCCAGACAGUGACGUGACUCAAACCAUCAAUACAGUUGCAUACCAUGCCAAACCUGAUUCUGAUCAGCGCUUCUGUACGCAGUAUAUCAUCUUUGAGGAUUUGUCUAAUUAUCGUCCAGAGAAGGUUCGACAGGGCAAAGUCUGGAUGGCUCCUUCCAGCUGGUUUAUAGACUGUGUGAUGUCCUUUGAGUUGCUCCCUCUUGACAGCUGAAUACUUUACAGAGUGAACAUUUCAAAUUGAACUUACACAGUUUGUGAGAACACAGCCAUUGUGCUGUUUUUGAUCAGUCACAUUUUUACAAAUAGAUAGUCAUUUUUUUUUUAAUCCAAAAAGGGAAACACACACACCUCUUCCAGAUUAGGAAUUUAUUUUGUGUUUAUCAUUUAGAUGCUGGGAUUGCUUUGAAGGAUUUUUCUUUUUAGAGCUGACAUAUGGUUUGAUUCAUCAUGUCUUUCUAAUCAAAUUAUCAGAGAUUAGUGAGAGGAAUCAGAACUGUUGGUUAAAUAUAUGAGUGGUAUCAUUACUGUAUCAGCCUUUUAAUGUUCUUUGAUGAAAAAAGCCCACACCUGCUACCAGCCAAACUAUUAAUUAUUCUUUACUAAACAGAAUUCUGUCAUAUAAUGUAUUCUGACUUUAUUGCAAUGAAAAUAGAGAACCUGGUUUCAGUGUGCCACCACAGGUGAUAAAGUCUUCUCUUGUCUACGGUUGUCUUCAUCUUGCCUUGUUUUUGUUUAGUUUCUUAGAAUUUAUCUGGAUAUCUGUUCCUAAAUUUUUCUCUUUCUAAAACCUUGCCCAUUCAUCAGAAAAUCAUGAUUAGAACUUCAACAUUAUUGUUCUUUGAUGGCGAAAAAUCAAUACUGGGCUUAUGAUACAUAUUUUUAUCGCAUACACUUGCUUAUUAGCUAUCAAUUGAUAACUGUUUAGUAUAUACAUGUAUGUAUAUAUAUAGAGAGAGAGAGAGAAAGAGAGAGAGGGAGCAUUUGGUCUAACACAUUUUAGUAUCAGUAUUUCUUAAAAAGAUUUCCUGAAACUAGCCAAUUGUCAAUCAAAUAUCAAUAGGCUUAAUUAGGAAAACGUCUUUUUCUGGUCGACUUUUUUAGAUAUUGCUAAAAUAAUUUUU